AUAACUCCAGCGUUUCUGGGUCGCAGCGUAUCCGCGGCAUAAUCCGUUCUGCGUGGUAGGAGAUGAUAUAGCUGUAAUUUAAUCGUUGUAAGUUGUUUUCAUUUAAAAGAGGUUUCAAUUUUCGAUAUUUUUUUUCUCGCGCUCAUUUGCAGGCUUGCAGACUAUGUCACUAACUAGAUCUCGUGAGGCCAUAAAAAAACCACCUUUUUUUGACAGUUCGUAAAAUUUUUGAUUUUUUUCUCGCAGAUUUCAACCGCAGGUAGUUGAAGUUUUAUUCGGGAGAAAAGAUAAUCACAUCGAUUCGCUCGGGUGCUGUUUGCGAUUAACAACAAAAAUUGUUUGAAAGACUGUGAGUCAAUGUUAGAACCUGACUUUCUGAAAAUGAUGCCAGAAUGUUUUAUUACUCCAAUGUUAAUUUACUCUUCUGCAGAAACACUCUUUGGACAUCUCAGCACAAAUUCAAUGCCUCAUCUACCAUGCCGAAACUUGCCUCAUAUGCCCAGAUAUCCGACACUCACAUAGCCGAAAUACCAGAACAUGACCCGCCUUACAGACGUAGAAGGCUGGAUUCUGCAGGAAGUGUGUUGACCAGGGGCAGUUUUGUGUCUGUUUUGGGGGAAGAGCGCACUGGGGACAACUUGAUCACAUGGUAUCAGUGCAUGGCUCAUCUGCUCAAGAGCAUGAUAGGAACUGGGCUACUGGCUCUUCCCUUUGCCUUCUCUCUCGUGGGCAUAGUUGCUGGACCACUAUUCAUGGGCUUCAUCGCUUGUAUGGCCCUCGUGGCUAUGAAUUUCCUCCUGGAUGCGUGUCGCCACAUGUGCAAGGUCGAAGAGAGACCUUAUAUGGACUAUGGCGAGCUUGCCGAGAGCGUGUUACGUCAUGGACCUUUUGAAUUUCUUCAAAGCCAUUGUCAUAUCGCUAAACGAGUUAUAAAUACACUGUUAGUUAUGACUCAACUGGGGUUCUGUGCAGUUUAUUUUGUAUUUUUUGCCCAGACUGUGGAUUCUGUUCUGACGGAUUUCGACAUACACAACCCCUUCAGCGAUAGAGUCCUGAUUUGCAUGUUUUUCGUACCAGUUGUUAUGCUUUGUUUGAUUAGAAAUUUGGCAUUACUUGCGGUGUUCUCUUCCCUCGCAAAUUUGCUUCUCGCGUUUGGACUUGGAGUCAUAAUUUAUGAGCUACUCACCAACGUCGAAGAGCCAAGAGAACUUCCAGCAUUCAAACCCUUUGCGAACCUGCCGCUCUUUUUCGGAGCAGCCGUUUACACCGUCGAAGGAAUAGGAGUUGUGCUUCCUCUUGAAAACAAAAUGCAGAAGCCCGAACACUUCAAGCGUGUGCUCAAUUUCGGGAUGAUUUUUGUGUUCAUGCUUUGCUUGACCUUCGGUUUUCUGGGAUACGAUAAAUAUGGCGACGAUAUUGAGGCUUCGAUUUCUUUGAACUUGCCGAAUAAUUGGUACUGUUCUUUGACCAAAAUUUUGUUUGCAGUCGCGAUGUACGUAUCUUACGCUCUUCAAUUUUUGGUUCCUGUCCGAAUUUUGAUGCCAUGGGUCAAAGAAAAAUUCCCAAACAGCAAUGGGACUCUCAGAGAUUAUUUAUUCCGACUAUCUUUGAUCGCUGUAACGUUUCUAGCAGCAAUUAUUGUUCCGAAGCUCAAUCUGUUCAUUGAACUUCUGGGAUCUCUAGCCAGCUCUUCUUUGGCAAUGACAUUACCUGCAAUCAUUUUUGAGUUCUCUUUGCACAGCAAUAAGAAAAUAUCAUUUGGCCGAAAGUGUCUAUACAGAGUAUUCAUAGUGAUGUUAUUGGUCGUUGGAACUUGUGGCUGUGUUGUUGGAUCAGUUUUGUCAAUGAAGAAUAUCAUUUUGGCCUUUGUUACAUCUGAUGAACAUCACGACAAUUUAAAUGUUACAAAUAUUACGACAACUAGCUCUCAACUUUUAAUUCCGAUCACUAAUGCGCUAUUUUGAAUCAUUUAGUGACCAAAUUAUUGUUCCGACCACUUCACGAAGGGAAGGGAAGGAUCUAUAUCAUAGGGUACUUUUCUCUCCCGAUUUUGAUAACUUCAAAGUUAAGCUCAUAGAAGAUCUAGUGUGGUAUUAUAUUAAAACCUUUUCGGCUGUAAUUUGGAUUCCGUUAUUUGUUGAUGAGUCUAGUCUGCUCAAUGUCGACAACAACUGGUCCGAGUUCUUCCGUUUUCCAGACAAAAACUUGA